GUUAAAGGGAACUGGAAAGAUUUCAGAUCUAGCGAGUGCGAUGGAUCUCUCAGUAAGCUGCAGUUCCGGUUAAAGAGAAAGAGAGACAGAGAGAGAGAGAGAAUGAUAGAUAGAGGGCGGGAGUCUGUUUGAAUAGGACCUUCGUACAACUGUGUCUGCGGUGUGUGUGUGUGUGUGUGUGUGUGGCUCAUGUGUCACUGUAAGAGGUGUGCUGUGCUGUCAGAGCUGCGACGCUUCACUCCCUCUCUCUCUCUCUCCCUCACACACAAACAUACACUCACGCUCUCAUUCACACACACACACUCACACACCACACACGGUGGACUCCAGGAUGGACGGUGCGCUCCGAGUCUGAGGACGGCGAGUGCCCAGAAGCACAUGCUCGACCUGUUACCUGCUGAUUCCUUUACACCGUAGGACAAUACACACACACACACACACACACACACACACACACACACACACACACACACACUCGCUCUCUCUGUCUCUCUCUGUAACACGCACAUUUUUUGCAAGCCAUGGAUUCACUCUCCAACGACAUGGACGGACUGGACAACAACUCCAUGAAGUACAGCAGGAAUGAGCAGACGGAGAAAAUGUGGCUCCGGCUCAGAGGAAUGCAGAAGUACAAAACGACCUCCCAGAGGUUGAGAUGUCUAGUGAAGCAGCUGGAUAAGGGAGAAGUGAAUGUUGUGGAUCUCAGGAAGAACAUUGAAUAUGCCGCCUCAGUACUGGAAGCGGUCUACAUUGAUGAAACGAGACGCCUACUGGAUACAGAGGACGAGCUCAGUGAUAUCCAAGCGGACUCCGUGCCCAUGGAGGUGCGCGAUUGGCUGGCAUCUACUUUCACACGUAAGAUGGGUGUCGUGCGACGGCGGCCAGAGGAGAAGCCACGGUUUCGCAGCAUCGUCCAUGCCGUGCAGGCUGGAAUCUUUGUGGAAAGGAUGUACAGGAGAACGUCGAACAUGGCCGGGCUGACGUAUCCUCCAGCUGUGAUCCUGGCUCUUAAGGACGUUGAUAAAUGGUCAUUCGAUGUCUUCACGCUUCACGAGGCAAGCAGCGAGCACGCACUGAAGUUCCUGGUGUAUGAGCUGCUCACCAGAUACGACCUGAUCAACCGCUUCAGGAUACCUGUGUCUUCUUUGGUGGCGUUUGUGGAGGCUUUGGAGGUUGGCUACAGCAAGCACAAAAAUCCAUACCACAACCUGACCCACGCCGCCGAUGUCACCCAGACCGCACACUAUCUGAUGCUCCACACUGGCAUUAUGCACUGGCUCACCGAACUGGAAAUAUUGGCCAUGGUGUUUGCUGCUGCUAUUCAUGACUUCGAACACACUGGGACGACCAACAACUUCCACAUCCAGACCAGGUCAGAGGUGGCCAUCCUGUAUAACGACCGCUCAGUGCUCGAGAACCAUCACGUGAGCGCCGCCUACAGACUCAUGCAGGAAGACGAGAUGAAUAUCCUGAUCAACCUGUCGAAAGACGACUGGAGAGAGCUCCGCACGCUGGUGAUCGAGAUGGUCAUGAGUACAGAUAUGUCCUGUCAUUUCCAGCAGAUUAAAACCAUGAGGAAUUCACUACAGCAGCCUGAGGGGAUAGACAAGCCCAAAGCUCUGUCUCUUAUGCUGCAUGCGGCGGACAUCAGCCACCCGGCGAAAGGCUGGAACCUGCACUACCGCUGGACUCAGGCUCUCAUGGAGGAAUUCUUCAGACAAGGUGAUAAAGAGGCAGAGUUGGGACUGCCAUUUUCUCCACUGUGUGAUCGCAAGGCUACGAUGAUCGCCCAGUCUCAGAUAGGCUUCAUUGACUUCAUCGUGGAGCCCACGUUCUCUGUGCUGGUGGACACCACAGAGAAGAUCAUCUCUCCUCUCAUAGAGGAAGCUUUAAAGUCAGGCGGCGUCCGCAGGGCGAGUUUAUCAGGACGAGGUUCGGCUGCCGUUGUCGAGUCGGUCCAGAGACACAGCGAGCGAGACUCUGUACCCAUCGAUUAUUCCCUUGCCGGGCUCGACCUUAAACGUGUCCGACACCUCCUCUCCGAGAUCAUCCAGAGCAACAAGGAGCGCUGGAAGGAGCUGUCUGUUCAAGAACUGGCCAGUAAGGAGCGGGAGCAGCGUUCCGAGCGUGAAGAUUUGUCCCGUAAAUCUGGCGUCACUCUGAUCCGCAGCAGUCGUGAUUCAGAACCGAAGUCUCUCAGUGAAGUGAACAACACUGACUCACUUCACUCCUCCCAGGACUCUUUAGAGCAAAGCGCCGCGUCGCACAGCGCUGACCCGACCGACGCCAGCCACGACGUCAGCCCAGACGCCAGCCCCGACGCCGAUCGGCCGUUACCGUGGAAUGGCAAGACUGCCUAAAUGAGAAAAAAUAUAUAUAUAUAAUCGCAAAACUUGCGAGCUCUUACACUGUGUGUGUACUGUGGCAUAAACCUCAUAGUCCCUUAUGGGUGCUGUACAUAGCACUGUGGCCAUCAUAUCAUAACGCUACUGUUUCCUCUGAUCCUCGGGGAGGGGAGGGGUCAAGUUGACUGAUGUUUCCAUGACACCCGGCAUUGCCAAGGAAGAUGCCUGGAUGCUGCGUUGUCAUGGCAACGUUGUUUCUUUGCAAGAAGAUGGAGCCUAAGCCGGAAAACUCUGGGUCUCCAGAGAGAGAAAGAGAGAAAGAGAGAGAGAGAGAAAAGCUGCCUCUUCACGUGCAUUUUCUGUUUCGGUUCCUUACUUUUGUAAAUCGGCUUUCGUUUUUGUUUCGUUUUCUAGUCAUUUGUAUUGGUAAUUUAUUAAAGAUUGUUCUGCUCCCCUUUAA